AUGGCUAACAAAUACAAAAUAUCAACACGGCGGGUGUAUCAAAUUUGGAGAGGAGCUCACCCACCAAUAGACCCUAAAGAUAUAAAACUACUGUCAGAAGAACCUGGUUCGUAUCAGCAAGCAGAACUUGUGGAAUGCAAUGUUAUUUCUGGGAGUAAGGUAAAAAAGAAUGGAGGAAAGAAACCCAAGUCCAAAUCCGUUAGAAUCUCUGAACCAUCUAUUACCCAGAAUCAGCCAACGGCUACAAGCCCAGAGGGUUCUGAAGGUUUAAAUAUUAGCAGAGAGGAUCUGAAUGCAUUUUAUGAAAAAGAAGCUAAGAGAGAUGAAAAAAAUAAAGCAGAGGUGAAUAGACGUCUAGCCGUGUAG